AUGGCGUUCGUCCUGAGGUGUAACAUGUUAAAGAAAAACGCUGCGACGGGUGAGACUGUGAUAGAUAUUGCAUAUUUUACAUCUUUCGUGGAGGUUGUAUUUCAAGAGACUGAUCGAGAAGAGCUUUAUCAGAGAUGUGUUAACAAAAUGUUGGAGAGUUUGGCUAAGUUUAUAAAAGAGGGGAGCGGUUGGGUUGUACAUUCGAUUGCGGGGUUGGAUUUGCAUACAGUGAAAUACACUCCUUUGAGAGGCUUUUCAUUUAUUAAGCUACCAAAACAUCUCGCAAAUAAGCAGGCUAUCAUAAACAUGAAGAAUGAGGAUAAUGAGUGUUUUAAAUGGUGUGUUACGAGAGCGUUGAAUCCUGUGGAAAAGAACCAAGAACGUAUCUCAAAGACAUUGAGGGAGCAGGCAAAGAAGCUUGAAUGGGGUGGGAUUACGUUUCCGAUGGAGGUGAAGAGUAUUCGCCGCUUUGAAACUCUGAAUCCAGGUCUUGCUGUCAACGUCUAUGCGAAUGAAGGUGGGUUGAAACCCUUGAGAGUGAGUAACGUUGACGGCAAGACUUGGAUUAAUCUUCUUCUCCUCUCUGAAGGUGAGAAAAAGCAUUACUGUCUCAUCAAAAAUCUAAGUCGACUCAUAUCGAAUGGGGAUACCAACAAGAAGUUUAUCUGUAUGAGAUGUCUUAAUUUUUUCAGUUCUCAGAAAGUGUUAGACAAACAUAUUGAACUCUGUCGAGAAUAUAAGGCUGUGAGAGAGAAGAUGCCAGAUGAGGGAUUUUAUUUCUUUUUCAAAAACCACUACAGGAAGAUGGAUCUGCCAUUCGCUAUCUAUGCUGACUUUGAGUCAACCAUUAAACCUUUACACACCGCUCAACCGAAUCCUAAGGAGUGUUACACCGAGAAGAAGCAGAAACAUACCCCGGUGAGUUUUUGCUACUUUGUCAAAUGCUCUUUCGAUGACAAACAUUCGAAACUGGUUGAGUACACAGCAAAGUCUGAGGAUGAGGAUGUUACGCAGAUAUUUGUUAACAUGCUUGAAGAGGAGGCUAAGUCCAUUUACAAAAACCAUCCUGGAAAAGAGAUGAUCUUCACAGACAGCGAUGCUGAGAUCUUUGAAAACGCAACGUGUUGUUGGAUCUGCAAAGGAGGUUUCAAUGAGAAGAAGAAGGCAUAUGAGAAGGUUCGUGAUCAUUGUCAUUACACCGGCAAAUUUCGAGGAGCUGCACAUAACAGUUGCAACCUGAGAUUCCGUCGUCCAAAAUUCACUCCUGUCAUCUUUCACAACUUGACAAACUAUGACGCACAUCUCUUUGUUAGAAAUCUCGGCGUUUCAGAAGGUAAGAUUGAUUGUAUUCCCAACAAUGAAGAAAAAUACAUCAGCUUCACAAAGAAUGUUGUGGUUGACAAGUUUUUCGACAAAGAGAAAGAGAAAGACGUUAAUGUCAAGAGAGGGUUGAGUUUCAUUCACAGCUUCAAAUUUAUGGCUUCUUCUCUUGGCCAGCUUGUCAACAACCUCACCAAAAAGGGUGACUCUUUUGAGAAUACCGGAAGAUACUUCGAUGGAGAGAAGCUUGAUCUGUUGAAGAGAAAGGGUGUCUAUCCUUACGAGUGGUUGAAUUCUAUCGAUAGACUUGAUGAGACUAAACUUCCGCCGAUUAAAUCUUUCUACUCUGUUCUCAGCGGUAGUGGUAUCUCUAAAGAAGAGUAUGGUCAUGCACAAGAAGUAUGGAGAACCUUUGGAAUGAAGACGAUGCGAGAUUAUCACAAUCUAUACAAUCCAAGCGAUGUUCUCCUUCUCUGCGACGUUUUUGAAAACUUUCGAAAGGUUUGCAAGGAGAACUACGACCUCGACCCCUGUUGGUAUUACACCGCACCUGGUUUGGCUUGGGAUGCAUGUCUCAAGAUGACUGGGGUAGAGCUUGAGUUGCUGAGUGAUGUUGAUAUGUUACAUAUGUUUUAG